AUGCAUCGAAUAGUAUCAGUUCGCACGAAAUCCACAUUAGCAGAAAAGCUGAGAGCUGCAACCUCAAGCGCGAUUCUUGGAGAUUCGAAAAAAAAGGAUGUUGGCAGUUUUUCUGUGAAAGAUGAAUCGGGAGAAGAUUUUCGGGAGCUUUUUGUUAUGCCUAAGCGCAAACUCCGUGGUCAAAUGCAGUUAGAACAGGCAACAGGUCGAGCAGAAGUAAAGCAGAGAAGCCGAAUUGAUUUAAAUGAUCGUUUGGCUGAAAGGAGGCCAAGAAGUGAAGAAAUGAACCCAGAACAAGAUUGGUCAAACGUUUGGCCAGCAGCAAAAACAUUUUCUGCAAGUGUUGUUCCAUUACCGGUCCGUAUGGGUUCUCGUCCAAAUAUCGAGAAGAGAGCUCCGUUUAAAAAAGAGGGAAAUUUGGAACUCGUAAAAAUUCCCAAUUUUCUUCACUUAACUCCUUCGGCCAUCGAGAAGCAUUGUAAUGCUAUCAAGAAGUUCUGCACCCCAUACCCACCUGAAAUUCUCGAUAACAAAGUAUUAGAAUCGCAACUGUUUCCAAUAAAUAUCUCGUACAACUCAUAUGUUCAUCAAGGCACCAACAUUCGCGACAAUAGAAGCCGUGUAGUUACUAUGACGGUAAACAUUGACGUUUUCGGGCUUAAUGACGUGGCAAAAUCAAAAUUGUUAAGAUUAGUUGGAGAUCGAUUCGAUGAAAAUAAUAAUACUUUGACGAUAAUCACUGAUAGGUGUCACACUCGCAAACAAAACCUUGAUUAUGCGUAUUAUCUUCUUACAGUGCUGUACCAUGAAGCAAAUAAAGUUGAAGAUUGGGAAGCUCUUCAAGAACGGGUCGAUAAUCUAAAAGUCGAAUUUGACGGGUCCCCAGCAAAAGAAAAACUUAUCGAUUUAAUUUCGAAAUCUCGAAAUUGCGAAAAAUUGAAAUGCCCAGUUAACUCCGAAGACCCACAAAAAGAUGCGAACUUCAAAGAAUUCGUCGAUACAUGGACAGAUUAUCGUAACAAGGAAGAAACAAUUGAGUCGACCAGAACUUACAGUCGUAAAAUCAAACAGCUUCUUGGACUUCAAUCCCCCACACAACCUCCAACUAAACAAGCGUAG